AUGACGGGCAGACCAAAGAAACUAACCAACGAGGAUGUCAACCAGGAGGAGAAAAGGGAAUCAAAGACGAGAAGCGCCAAAAACACGGGGGACUCAAAGCAACCGACGCUGGACAGCAGGGUGAAAAAGCUGGCUUUCUCGGAGAAGGAAAAGAACUUCAAGGAGAACAUCGAAAACGAGGUAAAAAAGAUUAGGCUAGAAGCGUUAGAGAUAGAGAAAAUGAAGACCGAAAUGAAAGAGCGAGAAUUACGGUUAGUUGAAAGGGUAGAAAAAGUAGAGAAUAAAAUGAAGGAAUUAGAGGAGAGAAUAAAUGAGCGGGAAAUUCAAUGGCGCGAAACAAUAGAUGCGAGGUUAGAAGAGCUCUCCAUAGAGGGCGCCACUGGCCCGGUUUCGUUGCGCGGUUCGACAAGGAGCCUUGCGAGCGGCGCCUCAGCGGGAAGCGAUCAAACGGGAGUGAGCAAUACGAGCCGUUGGAGUCGCGUGAGUUUUUCGGAUAGGGACGUAAUGCAAAUGAAAAGGAUGUUAGUUGAAAAGGAAAGGAGUGGGAAUCAAAAUGUAAUUGUAAUAAAGGGUUUAGAAAUAGAUGAAAAUAAAGAACCGGUAAACGCAACAGUUGUUAAAUUUUUGAAGGAUAAACUAAACGUCGAAAUUAUAAUAGGCAGUCAUAAUAUAAGGGUUAAAGCAAAAGUUAUUGUAAUAAGGCUCAGAAACGCCAAUGAUAAAGAGACGAUUAUGCAGAACAAAAACAAACUUGCGGAGACGAAACUUUUCAUUGAUCAUUACAGAAGCUACGAAGAAAGAAAAAGACAGGAAGAAAUUAGCGCGUGGGUUAGAGAAAAAAAAGAGAAAGGUUUGCAGUUAAAAACUGGUUUCGGGAAAAUUUUGUAUAAGGACACGUGGGUUAGAUGGGAAGAUAAGGAAAGGCUGCUUGAGAGAAUAGCCGCGGAAGAGAAAAGAGACAAUGCAGAAAAACGGAGGGUAUCGGCGGAAAGAAACAACGUAGAGGUUAGGGGGGAAAAACUCAAUGAUGGUUUGUCUUUUCAUUAG